CAGUGGCAUUUUAUGCUUACUGAGUUGUUGCUUACAUUGCAGCUUCUUCCUUGGACACCUGCCAGUUGUUCUGAAAUUGCUUAAAAAUCAGGGACAGUAUUACGAUCUCUUUCUACAAUGGGCUGAGGAAUAUGGACCAAUUGUGCGAUUGAAUGCCUUUCACAAAGUUGCGCUGUUAGUAUUAAGUCCUGAAGGAACAAAGGAGUACCUGAUGUCGGCAGAGUACUCAAAGGACCCAAUGAUAUAUGGCAAGCUUUAUAAUCUGUGUGGUGUGAGAUUUUUAGGGACUGGCUUGACAGCUGCCCUUAACCAUCAGCAUUGGUUCCAGCAGCGGAGAAUGAUAGAACCUGCUUUCAAGCGAACUUACUUGAUGGGCCUAAUGGGAAUCUUUGAUGAUCAAGCAGAAGAGCUCAUGAAGGUGCUGGCGGAAAAAGCAGAUGGAGAAACCAAAGUGGAUGUGAUGAACUUGCUGAGACGGGUGACACUGGACAUCAUUGCAAAGGCAGCUUUCGGCCUAGAGCUGAAGACCCUGCAUGACGACCAAACACCUUUUCCACAUGCUGUGAAUAUGGUCAACGAAGGUCUGAGCAAUUCGCGUGUCCCUCUGUUUGAGUACCUGCCGUGGAACAGAAAACUGGUGAGAGAGAUUCAGGAAAGCGUCAGGCUCCUGCGACACACUGGCAAGGAGUGUAUCGAGCAGCGGCGCAAAGCUAUCCAGAAGGGAGAAGAGGUUCCGGUGGAUAUUCUCACUCAGAUACUGAAGGUUGAAGGUAGGAGAUGCCUUCUGGAAGGAAGCACAAUCAGUUGUGUGUCUCACUUUACGUGCAUCUUGGGCAGCAGAAAGGGGCACUGUGCAGGCUUCUGGCCCCUCGCAAGUUCCACUUGUGCCCCAAAGCAGUUCAUCAGAGUUCCCUCAUACCAUGCUGCUUUCGAUAGGAUAGGAUUUAGCCUUGCAUCCUAAGUGCCAUUGCUAAGG